AUGGCUGCUGACCGUCUGAGCUCGCUUCUGAGUCAUCUCAAGCCCGGCGCCGCGAGCGGUGUUGCCGCAAUCACCCAAAAGAACCCCGAUGAUGUCGUUAUCACACUCGCACUCCGCACACCUUUGACUAAGGCGCGCAAGGGUGGUUUCAAGGACACAGAGUUGGACUACAUUGUCUACGCCUUGCUCAAGGAGACUUUGUCUAAGUCGAAGAUUGACCCAGCUUUGAUUGAGGAUGUCUGCCUCGGUAACGUUGGUGAAGGCAAGGCCGCUUACAUGGUCCGCGCCGCAGCCCUGGCUGCCGGUAUUCCCCACACUGCCGGUGCCUCAUCAGUAAACCGUUUCUGUUCCUCUGGUCUCAAGGCUGUGCAAGAUAUUGCAAACCAGAUCCAGCUUGGCGCCAUCGACGUUGGAGUCGCUCUGGGCGCCGAGUUGAUGUCUGCCGCUGGCGACCGGUUGGAGAAGCCUUUCAAUGAAGAGGUCCUGCGCAACCAGGAAGCUGCUGACUGCAUGCAACCUAUGGGCCAGACAUCUGAGAACAUUGGCAAGGACUUCGGUAUUCCUCGUGAGGAACAAGACCGAUACGCUGCUGAGUCUUUCCGUCGUGCCGAGGCUGCUCAGAAGGCUGGCUGGUUCGAUGACGAGAUCUCUCCCAUUAAUGUCAAGGUCAAGGAUCCCAAGACUGGUGAAGUCAAGGAAAUUACCGUGUCUCGCGACGACGGUAUCCGUCCCGGUACUACUUUCGAGUCUCUGUCUAAAAUUCGGCCCGCGUUCCCCCAGUUCGGUGACAAGUCCACAGGUGGAAACUCCAGCCAAGUCACCGACGGUGCUGCUUCAGUCCUUCUCAUGCGUCGCUCCAAGGCUAUUGAGCUUAACCAGCCCAUUCUCGCUAAGUUCUGCGGUGCCACGGUUGCCGGUGUGCCCCCUCGCGUCAUGGGUAUCGGACCAACUGCCGCUAUCCCCAAGCUCCUGAGCAAGUUCCAGCUUGACAAGAACGACAUCGAUAUCUACGAGAUCAACGAGGCAUUUGCCUCCAUGGCAGUUUACUGCGUGAAGAACCUCGGUCUUGACCACGCCAAGGUUAACCCCCGCGGCGGUGCCAUUGCCAUUGGCCACCCUCUCGGCGCGACUGGCGCCCGUCAAAUCGCUACUAUCCUGAGCGAGGCCCGACGCACAAAGAGCAAGAUUCUGGUCACCUCCAUGUGCAUUGGAACUGGCCAGGGUAUGGCUGGUCUGUUCGUCAACGAACAAAUCUAA